GUCUUAUUGUAAGCACAGUUAUUGAACUAUUCAAUAACCAAACCUAUAUGGGUGUCAGUAGCGAACAUAUCCCACUUUGUGUUGUGAUUAUAACAAUGGGCUUUUGCGCUCUUGGCUUUUUCGGCAAUGCAAUGAUUGUUUUUGCAACUCUCAAAUCGCCAAGAUUGAGGAAUCGCUGUAAUCUACUCAUUUGCAGCUUAGCCUUUGCAGAUCUAAUCGUUUGUGUGUACUUAAUGCAUAUGCGCAUAAACUUACUUCGAGGAUGGAAUUUUUGUAAAAAUAGUGAAUGUUAUCUCGUCGCUAUGUAUGGCUUGUUUGCUAUGAAUAUUGAGUCCGGUGUGGGACUCGUUUUGGGAAUUGACAGACUUAUUGCUGUAGUAUGGCCGGAGAGAGGUUUGCGUAAUUGCGCCAAUGACGAUUGUGACCCAAACCAACGAAGCCUGGUUGCUAAGCCGUUGACUAGAAGUUAUAGAUAUAUUAAUCUACCAAAGCUGCUUUAUGUGACAAUGAUGGCAACUGUUUUUAUCUAUUCUGUCUUUGUGACGCUUUUUGGCUACUGGUAUUCAACAGGUAGGUUUCUGCGCAAUGUACCAAUGCUGUACCAAUUACUACAUGUGUUCAAAAUCGGCUACACAGAUAGCCAAAAGAAUAGGAAACAAAGCUGCCACUUUGUGUGCUUGAUUUAAAU